AUGGCGUUGAAAUUAAAUACUGUCAUAAUAAUAUUAAACUUAGUAUGCGUUUACACGGAGCAUAUCCUGUCCUGCAACGUGACCUCGAUCGAACCGUGUCCGGGUGAUUAUCAGUUCUGUAACGAGACGUCGCAGAAAUGUGAAUGUAUGGAAGGCUACUAUCAAGUUGGUGAUGAGUGCCAAACUCCCAGCGCGUAUAUGUCAAGUCACGACGUGACUGCAGUUGUCGUGAGUAUCUUCGCCGUCGCUCUAAUCGUUUGUGGUCUCGUAUUGGUGAUUAGGAAAUACAAUCUAAUUGAAUACGCACGUCAGAAGAUCAACUCCAGGCGCAACAAUGAUGUUAUGUAUGAAGACGUAAUGAUUGGCCAAGAUGAUCCUCCCCUGAGCCCU